AUGGAGGAGCCAAACGGCCAUGAUAUGGCUGCGCAGCAAGAGGCAGCAAAGGACUAUCGACCGAAGCUUCAGGGGCCUUUAGUAGGAGAGAAAACUCCCAGUGAAGUAAUCACAAACGAAUACGCGAAAGCAGAUCAAGUCUACGUUGAGAAGACAAUCGCACUACCCCAAACAUACUCACACUAUCGUCCUAUAAGAGGCGAUGGCAACUGCGGCUGGAGAGCAAUCGGGUUUUCCUACUUUGAGACUCUCAUUGAGCGUGGCGACCAAGCUCAGAUUGAAGGAGAGUUUGCGCGCUUGAAAAGUUUGAACCAUUUGCUGGCAACAGUUGGCGAGUACAACUACUUCGAAGACUUUGCCGACGAAGCCUUUGAUCUGAUUCGAGAACUUGCAAGAAUUAUCGACAAGCCAGCCGCUGCCCACUCUUUACUUCAUCAAAAGUGGAAUGACGUUGCUGUGGAAGGCAGCCUCAUAUUUUAUUUCCGGUUGUUGGCGGCAACGUUUCUAAAGGCAAACGCAGAGACAUAUGCGCCUUUCAUCCCCGGAGGACAGGGUGUUGACGAAUACUGCAGCCAUAAUAUUGAGGUAGUCAAUCGCGAGAUUGAGCAUCUAGGCAUCGUGGCAUUGGCCAACAUACUCCUAAAACCUGUCAACUUCGUACUGGAAAUUGCAUAUCUGGAUCGAAGUACAGGAAGUCAAGUCAACCAGUAUCGUUUCCCGGAGGAGGCAAAUGACAAGGAUGUCUCAUCAUUGGGCACAUUCAUCUAUCUUCUUUAUCGACCUGAUCAUUACGACAUCUUGUACCGAACGCCCACGGUAACGGCCUCUCCGCCGCCUGUGUCGUUGCAAGUAAAUCGAGUUACGGGGUUUACGCACAACACUGCAUUUAACACCACAGGAGCCUCGAUGGGCGCCUUCUCUACCGUCGACUUUGGUGCUCUUAGCAUGAUCCCUGGCUUGAGCACUGGAUCUUCAGAUGGACUAGCGGGUUUGAUGCCCAUGCCAGCAGUGACGGCACCAACUAAUCCUAUUAUUGGAGAUGCCUAUUCUUCUAGCCAACAGGCGGUGUGGAUGCCACAAUAUGGGACAGACAUACAGUCGACCAAAGGAGAGUCCCCAGCGCAGCCACCGCCAGCAGUUGCGACGGUCCAGCAUCCUUCACCAUCUCCUCUUCUAACACCAACCACACCAAUGAGCUCCAAUGCCCCAAUGAUGCCUCCCUCUACAAACCUGGGCCCUCAACAACUCCCUUCCCACAUGGCGACUCCUGGCGCCACAGGAUAUCCGAUACGAUUCAGCACCCAUCAGCUCGAGUAUGAAAAUAACAGCUUCCCCGAGCCCACCUUCCAAGUAACAACGAACACUUUCAAGAAUAGUGUGUGGAACAGGGCUCACUAUGGGAAUCCUGACUUCCAGCCGGAGGAAUGGAACCCUGAUGAGGAUGGUGCGGAGAGCCGACUAGCUGGAAAGCGAAAAGUUAGAAAGGACUCGUCUUGA